GCGCCUGGACCCUCCGGCCUCAGGUCACUGGCAGCUUAGUGUCCCCUUUUGCAUUCCACCCACAAAGCAUCACAGUUGCGAUGAGGAAUUCAGAAGAGCAAACGGCCACGACAGUUUUACAGCGUUUGCUGCAGGAGCAGCUGCGAUAUGGGAACCCAAAUGACAGCCGCAACCUUCUUGCCUUGCACCACCAAGCCACGGGUAAUGCACUCCCUUUUGUCAGCAGUGGGAGCCCAGGGGUUCCAAAUGAAGGGCUGAGCCCCCAAGACCAUCAGAUCGGCACCCAUGUUGCUCGCCAAGAGCCUCAGGGCCAGGAGAUACAAAUGGACAGUAGCAUCAUGGAAAAGCAGCUCUCCACAAGACUCCAGAAUAGCGAAGAUCUCCCAACGUACGAGGAAGCCAAAGUCCAAUCUCAGUAUUUCAGGGGCCAGCAGCACGCCAGCGUCGGGGCAGCAUUUUAUGUGACAGGAGUCUCCAAUCAAAAGAUGAGGACUGAAGGGCGCCCUACUGUUCAGCGGGUGAGCCCUGGCAAAGUCCACCAGGAUGAAGGACUGAAGGACCUUAAGCAAGGACACGUUCGCUCCCUGAGUGAGAGGCUGAUGCAGCUGUCGCUAGCCACUAGCGGCGUUAAGGCCCAUUCUCCUGUCACAAGUGCACCCCUCUCUCCUCUUUCCUCACAGCAGACAAAUGACUUGUACAAGAGCUCUGGGGCCAGUGAGUUCUAUAAAGGCUCCAUUCCAAGCCCUCCUCAAUCAAACAUGAAAGGCCUGGAGCACAGGGGUCCCCCUCCAGAGUAUCCGUACAAAAACAUGUCUACCCCACCUAUUAGCUGUAAGCCACAGGACCCUGGGCAUUUCUACAGUGACCAUCGUAUGGCCCAGCAAGGCAGAUCUGAUGGGCCCAUGAUGAGGUACCAGCAUCCUCCUGAGUAUGGAUCGUUCAGGCAGAAUCCAGACCUUCAGCUGCAUUUACAGCAGAGACCUCCUCACCAUCACAGCCCAACGUCUUCACUAACAUCUUUGGGAUCUUUGACACUGCUGCAGUCUCUGCCGCCAUCCAGGCUGUCUCCUUCUCAGCAUCAGCCUCCUCUUACUCCCAGCCAAGGAGACCCCUUCUCCCUGCCACGGACCCAGCAGCUGUUUCUGUCCAACCAAGUCCAUCAGGGAGAUCUGUACCGACUGUGUCAACCUGUCAUUGGACAACAGCAACAUCAACAAGGGGAUUCCUACUCAGCGCUGCCCAGGCCUCAGCCAGCGCCUUCUCCUUACCAGCAGUUGACAGUGGACCCUUUUGCCAUUGUCUCCAGAGCCCAGCAGAUGGUGGAGAUCCUAUCAGAGGAAAAUAGGUCUCUGCGGCAAGAGCUGGAUGGGUGUUAUGAGAAAGUAGCAAGGCUGCAAAAGUUGGAAACAGAAAUUCAGCAAGUUUCAGAGGCCUAUAAAAAUCUGGAAAAGUCUUCUUCAAAGAGGGAAGCUUUGGAAAAAGCCAUGAGAAAUAAGCUGGAAGGGGAAAUCCGCAGGCUUCAUGACUUCAACAGGGACCUCAGAGAACGCAUGGAGACAGCCAACAAGCAACUGGCAGAAAAAGAGUUUGAGGGUUCUGAGGAUAACAGGAAAACAAUCUCCCAGCUCUUUGCACAAAACAAAGAAACCCAGAGAGAAAAAGAGAAGCUGGAGGUUGAACUGGCAGCUGCUCGCUCAACAAACGAGGAUCAGCGGAGGCACAUCGAGAUUCGGGACCAGGCCUUGAACAACGCUCAGGCCAAGGUGGUGAAGCUGGAAGAGGAGGUAAAGAAGAAGCAUGUUUAUGUGGACAAGGUGGAGAAGAUGCAGCAGGCACUGGCUCAGCUGCAGGCCGCCUGCGAAAAACGAGAACAGUUGGAGCACCGGCUCAGAACUAGGCUGGAGAGGGAGCUGGAAUCCCUCCGGAUGCAGCAGCGACAAGGUAUGUCUCAGCCUGCCAGCAUCUCUGAGUUCAAUGCUACCUCACUGAUGGAGCUCCUGCGGGAAAAGGAGGAGAGGAUUCUUGCUCUGGAAGCCGACAUGACCAAGUGGGAGCAGAAGUAUCUGGAAGAAAGUGUGAUGCGUCAGUUUGCAUUGGAUGCAGCAGCUACUGUCGCUGCGCAGAGGGAUACCACUGUCAUCAGCCACUCCCCCAACGCCAGUUACGACACUUCCCUGGAAGCUCGCAUUCAGAAGGAAGAGGAGGAGAUUCUGAUGGCAAACAGGAGGUGCCUUGACAUGGAAGGCAGGAUCAAGACUCUCCAUGCUCAGAUCAUUGAGAAGGACGCCAUGAUUAAAGUCCUCCAACAACGAUCUCGGAAGGAGGCCAGCAAGACCGAUCAGCUGUCUUCCAUGAGACCAGCCAAGUCCCUGAUGUCGAUCUCCAACACAGGCUCUGGCUUGCUCUCCCACUCCUCUACACUGAGCAGCACCCCCAUUCUGGAAGAGAAGAGGGAGGACAAGAGCUGGAAAGGCAGCUUAGGUGUUCUGCUGGGAACAGAAUGCCGCUCGGAAUCCAUCCCUUCAACCCCCUCACCUAUUCUUCCUUCUACACCGCUACUCUCUUCGCAUUCAAAAACCGGCAGCCGAGACUGUAGCACACAGACAGAUCGUGGCAGUGAACAGAACAAGAUCCCUGUUUCUGCUGCUACACCUCCUGCGCAGGGGAGGCUCCCUGCUAUGAGUCUGUCCUACACUGCAGAGAAAGCAGAUGGCUCAGUUUUCCAUUCCAGCACUCUGGAAAGAAAAACCCCCAUUCAAACUUUGGGGCAGGACCUCAACGAUGCAGAAAUGGUGGAGUAUCUUAUCUGAAAAAAUGCAAAGCUGGAGCGAAAGAGC